AUAUCAUUUCCGCCACCAUGAAAGCAGUAGCAGUAUUUUUAUUAGUAAAAUUGUUAAAUUUAUGCCACGGAAUCGCUAUAAAUCCAGAGAUCAAAACUGAUGUGUCAAGAUCAAUAUACGAUGAGAAGGUACAUGCAGCAUUUUUAAAUAGAGAUCACAUAAGAAGAAAACGAUAUCUAGGUUUAAGCAAGAAGUUUAAGUUAAAUAAAAGGUACCAAGAAUGUAUAGGACCAGGAGAUGUAAAAGGUCAUUGUAAGCACAUUGCUUAUUGCCCGACAAGUAUUUUUCAACAGCUGAAUACUCUAGAUUUUCUAUGUGUAAUAGAAGAAAGUUUUGUUGGUGUAUGUUGUCCAGAUGACAUCGCCAGUGCUGGAGUUGUUGGAUCUCAGUUGAUUAUAGAUUUACCAGCUGGAGGAGAUGAUUAUGACGAAGGUGACAAAUACACAGGAUGUGGACUCGCAGUAGAAGGAAGAACUAAGGUGGCGACUAAAACAACUAGUAUUCAAGAGUGGCCAUGGAUGGCUGCCUUAUAUCGGUACAAACAGCUGAAGCAGGGUCUGGAAAAUCAGUUUUGCGGAGGUGCUUUGAUAACAGAUACGCACAUUUUAACUGCUGCACAUUGUACUCAAGGUUUGCAGGCAUCGGAGAUUCGUGUGAGAUUAGGAGAAUACGAUUUCUUUAGACAGGAUGAAUCCCGUUCCAAAGAUUACGAAGUAGCUGAAAUUAUCGAUCACGAGUACUUCGUUUUGCCAACAUAUGAAAACGACAUAUCGAUUCUUAGAUUAAAAACGGCUACCAGCUUUAAUUCGUACAUUUGGCCAAUUUGUAUGCCCCCACGCGAUGGUGAUUACACUAACGAAACCGUAGUGGUUGCAGGAUGGGGACAACAAUAUUUUGCAGGACCGGUUAGUCCUGUACUUCUACAAGUCGCUAUACCUGUAUGGCCAUUGGACAAAUGCAUGGACUCUUUCGUUCAGAAAAUUACAGACGAUAAUAUUUGUGCAGCUGCUUAUGAAGGUGGAAAAGAUUCAUGUUUGGGUGAUUCUGGAGGCCCUUUAAUGUACAAACUGAAAAAUGGACGAUGGAUAACCAUUGGAAUAGUGUCUUGGGGUAUUGGUUGCGGAAAUAAAGACAGUCCUGGAAUAUACACCAAAGUAGGAAACUACUUACCUUGGAUCAUAAAACAUACAAUGGCGAAAAGGAUUGUAACUUAAAUACAUUUUUGUUGAUAUUUGAAUCUAUUGUAUGGUUUUAGAUCUCUAUAAUAUUGCACACACAAUGUUACAAUAAACUUUACUAAGUAAAAAUAUAAUUUUAUUGUACAAAUUAAAAAUAAAGUCAGUAAAAA